AAGUCUCGCUUGUGCCCCUAGAGGGCUCAUGUCCGUGUCUCUCUCUCUGUCGGUGUGUGUUGUUUCUCCGCUCGCUCGGUUCUCCGGUGUCUGUGUGCGUGAGCUCGGUGUUCCGCUCAUCAUGUCCUCCGCGGGAGCUGCGUGUGGACCGGCUCCGGGACCGAAUCACGGCGGCUCUGUUCCCGCGCCCGGCGCCUCAAACCCGCGAAAGUUCAGCGAGAAGAUCGCGCUUCACACACAGAGACAGGCGGAGGAGACCGCGGCGUUCCAGGAGGUCAUGAUGGACCUCACCUCCACCCGGAUUCAGGCGCAGAAGGUCCGUUUGGCUCGAAAUCAGGGAUCGUAUUAUGGUGGAUCUCUGCCUAACGUCAACCAGAUCGGCAGGAGUGCCUCGGACCUGCAGGGCUCGUAUCACUCUCCGCUGGACUCCAGUCGCUCCACACGGCAUCAUGGUCUGGUGGAGCGUGUUCACAGAGAGCGGCGCUUCGUCUCUCCCAGCAGACCCUACAGAAGACAAACGGACAGCUCUCACAGCAGCUCAGUGUAUCUGUCUCCGCCCCCUGACCCCAGCUGGAGAAGGAACUGGAACAGUAGCUUUGAGACGGACAAGAGCCAGAUAUUCCAGCAUCUGCCGACCACAGCGCUCAACAGGACUAACUCGGACUCGGCGCUGCACACCAGUGUGAUGAAUCCUCCGGCUGGAGACCCGUUCUCUGCUGGACUCCGCCGGCCGACCGUCUUCUCCUAUCCUGCUCCCAUCGAGGAGAACAGCCCCGACGACGGACGCCUAAAGCCCUGGGACUCCAGGAAGCUGCCGCUGCUCUCUUCACGACCAAAGUCCUGUGAGGUGCCUGGAAUCACUGUGUUUCCGUCUCCGGACCAGCAGGGCGGCGCUCCUCAGGGCCCAACAGUGCUGAAUACAGGCGGCUCUCUGCCGGAUCUGUCCAGUCUGCACUUCCCGUCCCCGCUGCCGACCCCGCUGGACCCGGACGAGCCGGGAUACCCGUCUGUGAGCGGCGGGAGCACGGGGAACCUGACCUGCACCCUCACACAGCUGGGCAUCCACAGCCCCAGCAGCUUCUACUCCACAGGUCUGCUGCCGUCUCUGCAGGGUACAUCCAGUAACUCCUCCCUCCAGUCGUCGCUUAGCAACCCCAAUAUCCAAUCAUCUCUCAGCGCUCACUCGUUCCAGAACUCGCUGAGCUCCGCCUCCCUGCACUCAUCCCUGAGCAACCCCUCCAUCCAGUCUUCGUUAAGCUCCUCCCCCUCGCUGAGGUCAUCGCUCAGCAGCCAGUCGCUGCAGUCGUGGCUCAGUAACUCCUCCCUCAGUGGCUCCUCCUCCGCGCUGCAGCCGCAGACGAACUCAUCCCCGCGCAGACGAGCGCAGCUGACCCCUGUGACCCUGCCUGCAGACACACGCAGACAUCACCCCAAACAGUUCUCACCCACCGCCUCCACCCUCAGCUCCAUCACACAGGGUGUGGCUCUGGACACCAGCAGGCGGCAGGGGGAUCAGAGGUCAUCUCCCUAUUCUUUCGGGCAGCAGCAGGUUCAGAAAGGUCAGGGUCAGGGUCUUCACCUGCACAACAUGCAGAACCUGCAGAAGUCCUUCCAGAUGCAGCCGCUGAAGCGUCCGAGCCCCAGUCAGAACCAGAACCCCAACCCCGUGAGUUACAGGUCAGCAGACGCCUCUCAGACCGGACAGACCCGGUCCGAGCAGCAGAUGAGUCCGGCUCUCAGUGCAGACCUGGACCUGUACAGCGACACAAUGUUCCUGAACUCACUGCUGGACGACUCGUACCUGGGACUACAGAUACGCCAGAACCAGCAGAUGAGUCUGGACUCUCAGCUGGAGGCAGUGAAUCAUGAGGAUGGUUCUGCUGUGGUUCUGAAGGCUGCGAGCGGCUCGUAUCAGGGUCAGCUGCUGGACUCCUCCCAACAACAGAUGACCAACCAGAGCCAGAGCUACACAGACCUGCGGCACGCCGUGCCCAACAUCACCCUGACCGGAGACUCUUCAGGACUGUCUAAGGAGAUCACGAGUGCGCUGUCGUGUGUCCCGGGCUUCGAGAUGGACCCGUUCUCGUCUGAUAACCCACUGGAGGGUCUGGGCAUGCUGACCGACGGUGACCUGAUGCUGGCUGACCCCGCCGUGGAGGACUCCUUUCGCUCUGACCACCUCAAGUGAACACACGCUUGAACCCUGAGCUUCUGCCCUUUAACGCUGCGCUUCUCUGACGAACAAAGCCACACCGUCCACUUCCUGUUACAGAUGAUCAAUCACAGCCACGUGCCUCCACCGAACACUGCUCAGGCGCUUCAGUCCCAGCAUGCACUGCACCGCACCAGGUUAAUGCACAAACCACUCGUGCGCUUAAGAGUCGCUGUUUCGUUCAAAUGUGACGAGCGAAACACUUCUUUGAUCUGUUUGAUGUCUCAGCCAAUCACGUGAGUUUGGGGCGGGGCUGUCAUUCUGAUUAACCAAUGACAGAAGGGGAAUAAUCAUGAAAUGUGGCCGUGUUCAGAACAGCAUACUAUCAUACUGCAGUAUACAGCACACAUACUGUACUGCUUCUGUUUUAGCGUAUCCCAGAAUGCAUUGUGCUUGACCUUCUCCUGACGAUGCAAAAUACAUUUAGAUUUUAAUUUCCGUGCAGUGAUGAAUAUGUCACUGUGGAAUAAUUGACCUACAUGUUUAAUGUAAUAUAUU